UUAUAUGACAAGAUUUAUUGCUCACAUUGUGGUUACAUUUAAAUAACUAUUGAGGUACGUUUCUAACUUUAAAUUUAUCUACACUUUAAAUCAAUAUAAAGUAACCUAAUUAUAAAUAACUAUUGAGGUAAGUUUUUUUGUCAAUACUUUAUAAAUACACUUUUCUUUCCAAUAGACAGCAGGAACAGUUAAGCCCAGCCUCACUGAUGAGAUGACAAAUGCUCUAGUAAAUAAAUAGUAAUUAAUGUAAUUAAUAGUUAAUAUUUUUCUAUUUAGGUUGUUCGGUUUGGAUCUACUGCUGGAGAGAAGAAGUAGAAAGAAGACUGAUGACAGAUGACUUGAAAUUGUCACCCGCCACUUUCACUUCCCGCUAUCCCGCUUUCGUUUUCCCGCUUUCGGCUUUCAGCUUUUACUUUGGUUCAUGUUUCACCAGAACACGUUUUAUUUUGAUUUUUAUUUUUGCUGUAUUUGAGUUUGAGUUUUUAUUUGAGUUAGAGUUUUUAAUGGGUUUGUUGUGUUUGUAUUCAUUUUUUCGUGGUUUUUCCCCUCGUUUUUCGUUAGAAAAGUCAGUAUUUUUGUUGGGUAAAAUGGAGUAUGCUGUAGUCUGUUUUCUUAAAGAGGAUACGUAUUCAGAAGUGCCAACAGCCUGGUUAUCUGAUAACAGAGAACAGUGUUGGUGGCCAAAUUGCAUGAAUGUAAAUUCGCAUAUGGCAAAAGGGUUACUACCAGACAAACUUAACUGGACAGCAUAUGAUGUGAGGGUGGAAUGUUAUUGUUCAACAUUGGAAAGUGCCAGAAUUAAAGCGCAAGAUCCCGAAUACAGUUCCUCUACAGAAGACAAAGGUAAAGGUAAAAGAAAGAAAAUACCAGUUCACAUAAAUUCAAGUUCUUCUGAGGACGAACUUGAUUUAACCCCUCCUCCAGUACCCAAGACACAGAAACAAUUUAAUGGUCAUGGAAGUAAAGGAUCUGGAAGUAAGGAAUCGGGAAAUAAGGAAUUGGGAAGUAAAGAAUCCGGAAGUAAGGAAUCCACAACGAUAGAGCAUUACACAGUUCAGCUGGAUGGAACUUUAAAAAAUCUAGAAACGAAAAAUAGAGAAUUUGAAGAUAGUACUCUAAAUGAUAAUGAUCUUGCAAAUGAAUAUUUAAAAAGGGAAGUUGAAAGAAAAAAUCGACUGCUGGCCUUUAAACUUUUACACAAAGAACGUAAAAAUGAAUGGUCAUUUACGACCAGUCAGGAGCAGGCUACCAAUGAUAUUGAAAUUGAGGAAGAGCCUGAAUGUAUGAUGACACAAUCUUAUGAAUCAAAUAAUUUUGAAGAUUUAGUUGAACUUGGAACUGACAACAGUUCUUCACUCUCUGAUGAAAUAUCUUUAACAAAUCGAUGGACAGACAAUGAAACAAAACAACUCAUCGAACUAUAUCAUAAAAAUAUUAAAAAAUUUCAAGAAAAAAAAUUCAAACCAAAAGCUAUAUUUGCAGAGAUCGCUAAAACAUUUCCACGUUUCAAUUGUGAUCAAGUUGAAACAAAAAUGAAAAAUUUGAAGAAAACGUAUAAAUCAAUCUAUGAUAAUAAUAAAGCUACUGGCCGAGGCACAAUUAAAUGGCCAUAUUAUAACAGUAUGAAUGAAAUAUUUGGGCAAAAACCAGAAAAUGAACCACUUAGUAUAGCUUCCAGCUCACUUGGAUUUAAAAAAAGUUUAGCAAUUGAACAAAGUACAAGUGGAAGUGAUGAUGUUCAGAGUUCUGAGACUGUCACUUCUGCUAGGAAGAGAAAAUGUUCUCCUAAGUCUUCAGAACCAGAAUGGUUUAGACAGCACAGAAAAGAUAUAGCUGACCGUCAUAAUGAAAAGAUGGAUUUACAAAGAGAAUUUUUAUCUACGUUUAAAGAAUGGGUUAAAAAAUCUAAUUAGUGUUUAUAAAAAACCGUAUAUAUUUCUGCCCAAGUAAUUUUUUUUUUGUUUGUAUUUCAUGAAAUGUUAAUUUAGGU